AUGUCUCACACAUUUGAACAACGUAUAUUCAAAUUAGCACCAAUUCAUGUUCAAGAUUCGACUAUUCUAAUGAGUUAUUCGAAUGUUCUUGCUGGAUCAAUACUUCACGGUCAAAAUCGUCUUUAUCCUCUUACACUUGUUAUGAAAUAUGAUCAAUUACCAAUGAAUACAAUUUGGUCCGAUGUACCAGCACGUCGAAUUGACUAA